GAGGAGGCCACCGGCAAGUACUUUCCAGCCAGCAACAGCGCCGCCGAGGUGCGCGACAGGCUGGUGGCGGCCUGCCGCAGGCACGGCGUGGAGUUCAGCUACGGCGCGGGCCUGCAGGACCUGCAGCGCCAGCCAGACGGCACCUGGCGCCUGCUGCUGCAAGGCGGCGGCAGCGUGGCUGCAGCGCGCGUCGUGCUGGCCACCGGCGGCCUCAGCUUCCCCAGGCUGGGCGCCACCGGCGACGGCUACCGCCUGCUGCGCCAGCACGGCCACUCCCUGCACGAGCCCUACCCUGCCCUCACGCCGCUCCUGGGCGCGCACCCGGGCCAGCAGCAGCUGACAGGCAUCUCGUUGUAUGAGGCUGAGCUGGCGGCGAGGAGGGCCAAGGCCGGGGGCAGGGCGCAGCGCACGGCCAUGCUGUUCACGCACCGCGGCUACUCGGGGCCGGCGGUGCUGGACCUCAGCCACCACGCGGUGCGGGCGCUGGAGCGGCAGCAGCCGGCGCCGCGCAUCCAGGUGCAGUGGACGCCCCACGGCGCGGCAGACUGGGAAGGCAAGAUGCUGGAGGGCGGCGCCCUGCUGGUGCCCAGCCUGCUGCGGCGGGAGGGCCUGCCGCAGCGGCUGGCCGAGGCGCUGUGCGGCGAGGCGGGCGUCCCGCUGGACAGGAAGCUGUCGGAGCUGCGCAAGGCGGAGCGCGCGGCGCUGGUGGAGGCGCUCACGCGCUACACGCUGCCGGUCAGCGGCAGCGAGGGGUAUGCCAAGGCAGAGGUCACGGGCGGCGGCGUGCCGCUCAACGAGCUCGACGUCAGCAAGAUGCAGAGCCGGGUGCUGCCGGGCGUGUAUGUGUGCGGCGAGCUGUGCGACGUGUUUGGCAGGAUUGGCGGCUUCAACUUUUGGUGGGCCUGGGUGUCGGGGCGGCUGGCG